AUGUCUUCAUCGGGUGUGAACACUACUAGUAGUACUAAUUUAGAUGCUAUUAAUGCUCUUAAAUAUAGUAAAAUUCUGUUUAUUCAAGUUUGGUGUUUUACAAUGUUUUCUUUUGGUACUGUCGGUCAUAUAUUAAGUAUUUAUGUGUUUACACGUCGCUCACUUUAUUCAAAUCCAUGUUCACGGUAUUUUUUGGCGUCAGCAAUGACUGGUCUAGUUGUUGUAUGUACUGCUGUACCUCUGCGUCUUCUUCAAUUUGUAUAUAAUAUUGAUGUUUUUAUGAGUUCCAAUGUAAUGUGCAAAAUUCUAGUGUGGCUCUUGAAUUGGUUCAAAGCUCUACCAUCAUGGUUUAUCGUACUUGCUUGUGCCGAUCGGUUAGUAUUACAAUCGAUUAACUAA